AUGUACGAAGGGAUUGACAACCUGAAAUCCCUUUACGACCGUGCCGGGAAGACUUUCUCCGGCGGUCCUUCUGCGGCACAGGAUUUGCCGCAUCGUACUGCUCAACCAGACCCAGUACGUCAAUCAUCAGUUGGGAGCGGGGCUCCCAAGAAUCCCAGGACGGGGGAUAGCCGCGCCACCGGACGAGAUAACUCGUCCGACGUCCGUUCACGUCGCGGUGGUUCAACAGCUGCUCAACUAGAUAGCGCUGGCCACCGCGAGAGUCCUCUAAUGGAGGUGGAGGAGGAGGAAAGACGCUCUCCACACGAUCAUGUGGAUCGGUGUGUUCCCGAGAGCUUCUUUGAUCGCGUAACGCAAGGGUUACGCGACAAUCUCGAGCAUGAGCGGAAUAGGCGUCUCCAAAUGGCGGACACUGCCUUGAAGCAUCGAGCUGAGUUUGCCUUUGCUCAGCUCGAGAACGAGAGAUCUCUGACAUCUCUUCGUGACGAGCUAAGGGUAGCUCGUGGGAUUGUUGAUCGGUCUCGGGCUGAGAUAACUGCUCUUCAGACCCUUGUUGAUGCCCACCAUCGGGAGCACAAGGCUCUCUGCGAGAUGCUUGAGCGCAAGGUCGUUCUUCAUCGGAAGAAGCAGCGUACUGAUGGUACGGCUUAA